GUAUCUAGUAGAUAGUCGCUGGUUCAAACAGUGGAAAAAGUAUGUUGGCUUUGACAGUUGGGAUAAAUACCAAAUGGGAGAUCAAAAUGUCUAUCCUGGACCCAUUGACAACUCUGGACUUCUCAAAGAUGGCGAUGCCCAGUCACUUAAGGAGCACCUUAUCGAUGAGUUGGAUUACAUACUGCUGCCGACUGAGGGCUGGAAUAAACUUGUCAGCUGGUACACGCUGAUGGAAGGCCAAGAGCCAAUAGCGAGAAAGGUGGUAGAACAGGGUAUGUUUGUAAAGCACUGCAAAGUAGAAGUAUAUCUCACAGAAUUGAAGCUCUGUGAAAAUGGAAACAUGAACAAUGUUGUAACUCGGAGAUUUAGCAAAGCUGACACAAUAGAUACAAUUGAAAAAGAAAUAAGAAAAAUCUUCAGUAUUCCAGAUGAAAAGGAGACUAGAUUGUGGAACAAGUAUAUGAGUAAUACAUUUGAGCCGCUGAAUAAACCAGAUAGCACCAUUCAGGAUGCUGGCUUAUAUCAAGGACAGGUGUUAGUGAUAGAACAAAAAAAUGAAGAUGGAACGUGGCCAAGGGGUCCUUCUGCUCCUAAGUCCCCAGGUGCAUCCAAUUUUUCAGCUUUACCAAAGAUCUCUCCUUCAUCUCUAUCAAACAAUUAUAACAACAUCAACAGCAGAAAUGUGAAAAACUCAAAUUACUGUCUCCCGUCAUAUACUGCUUAUAAGAACUAUGAUUAUUCAGAACCUGGAAGAAACAAUGAACAACCAGGCCUCUGUGGCUUAAGUAACUUGGGAAAUACGUGUUUCAUGAACUCAGCUAUUCAGUGUUUGAGCAACACACCUCCACUUACUGAAUAUUUCCUCAAUGACAAGUACCAAGAAGAGCUGAAUUUUGACAAUCCCUUAGGAAUGAGAGGUGAAAUAGCUAAGUCAUAUGCUGAAUUGAUCAAGCAGAUGUGGUCUGGAAAGUUCAGCUAUGUCACUCCUAGAGCAUUUAAGACACAGGUAGGACGCUUUGCACCCCAGUUCUCUGGAUAUCAACAGCAAGACUGCCAAGAACUCUUAGCUUUCCUAUUGGAUGGAUUACAUGAGGAUUUGAAUAGAAUUAGAAAAAAACCAUAUAUACAGUUAAAAGAUGCUGAUGGCAGGCCAGAUAAAGUGGUUGCUGAAGAAGCCUGGGAAAACCAUUUGAAAAGAAAUGAUUCUAUCAUAGUAGACAUAUUUCAUGGCCUUUUCAAGUCUACUUUAGUGUGUCCUGAAUGUGCUAAGAUCUCAGUAACCUUUGACCCUUUUUGUUACUUGACACUUCCAUUGCCCAUGAAAAAAGAACGUAGCUUGGAAGUUUAUUUAGUUAGAAUGGAUCCACUUAUUAAACCUAUGCAAUACAAAGUUAUUGUUCCCAAAAUUGGAAAUAUACUAGAUCUUUGUGCAGCAUUGUCUGCUUUGUCAGGAGUACCUGCAGAUAAGAUGAUAGUCACUGACAUAUACAAUCAUAGAUUUCACAGGAUAUUUGCCAUGGAUGAAAACCUCAGUAGUAUUAUGGAGCGGGAUGACAUAUAUGUGUUUGAAAUUAACAUCAACAGGACAGAAGACACGGAACAUGUGGUUAUUCCUGUUUGCCUAAGAGAAAAAUUCAGACACUCAAGUUAUACCCACCAUACUGGCUCUUCACUGUUUGGUCAGCCUUUUCUUAUGGCUGUACCAAGAAAUAAUACUGAAGAUAAACUCUAUAAUCUCCUACUCUUGAGAAUGUGCCGGUAUGUCAAGAUGUCUACUGAAACUGAGGAAACUGAUGGGCCCCUGCGUUGCUGUGAGGACCAGAACAUCAAUGGGAACGGCCCCAAUGGCAUCCAUGAAGAAGGCUCACCAAGUGAAAUGGAAACAGAUGAACCAGAUGAUGAAUCCAGCCAGGAUCAAGAACUCCCUUCAGAGAAUGAGAACAGCCAGUCUGAGGAUUCCGUUGGAGGAGAUAAUGAUUCUGAAAAUGGAUUGUGUACUGAAGAGACUUGUAAAGGUCAACUCACAGGACACAGAAAGAGACUCUUUACAUUCCAGUUCAUCAAUUUAGGCAACACUGAUAUCAACUACAUCAAAGAUGACACCAGGCAUAUAAGAUUCGAUGAUAGGCAGCUUCGGCUAGAUGAAAGGUCUUUUCUCGCUUUGGACUGGGACCCUGAUUUGAAAAAGAGAUACUUUGAUGAAAAUGCUGCCGAGGAUUUUGAAAAACAUGAAAGCGUGGAAUAUAAACCUCCAAAAAAACCCUUUGUGAAGUUGAAAGACUGCAUUGAGCUUUUUACAACAAAAGAAAAACUUGGUGCUGAAGACCCCUGGUACUGUCCAAAUUGUAAAGAGCAUCAGCAAGCCACAAAGAAAUUAGAUUUGUGGUCCCUGCCUCCAGUCCUUGUGGUGCACCUCAAGCGAUUUUCUUACAGUAGAUACAUGAGAGACAAGCUAGAUACCUUAGUUGAUUUUCCCAUCAAUGACUUGGAUAUGUCGGAGUUCCUCAUUAACCCAAACGCAGGCCCUUGCCUCUAUAAUUUGAUUGCAGUUUCCAACCACUAUGGAGGGAUGGGAGGUGGACAUUAUACUGCUUUUGCAAAAAAUAAAGAUGAUGGCAAAUGGUACUAUUUUGAUGACAGUAGUGUCUCCACUGCAUCUGAAGACCAAAUUGUGUCCAAAGCAGCAUACGUACUCUUCUACCAGAGACAGGACACUUUCAGUGGGACUGGCUUCUUCCCUCUUGACCGAGACACUAAAGGUGCUUCAGCUGCCACAGGCGUCCCCCUGGAAAGUGAUGAAGACAGCAAUGACAAUGACAAUGAUAUAGAAAAUGAAAACUGUAUGCACACUAAUUAAUGAAAGUCCAAGAAGCCAUAAAGAGAGACUUUCCUGCUGGUGGUGUCUAUGGAAAUGAAGUAGCCCACCACAUUAAAACACAAGUCUGAGAUGAGGAGUUUCAGAUAACCGAAUGUAAAUCCUUUAUCAGAUUUUAACUUGUGCAGUACUUGAAGUGAAACACAAUGAAAACUUUAACAGAAAUUGUCUCUUAAUACAUUUACAGUCUUGUAUUUACAAGCUAAAUAUAUAUAGGAAAUCACAAAUAAAUCCCUUUUAAGUUUGCUGCUGUUUUGAUGAAUUAUGUUUUCUUUAAUUCUUUUGGAUGUGACUUAAUUGAUGACAAAUGUUAAAUUUGUGGAUGUUGGUCAUUAAUUUUGCUCUAAUAAUACUGCAAGAAAACUAUGGCUGAACUUAGUUCUUGGGUAAUCUAGUUCAUGUGUGUUAGGCUGCUGUCUGCACCACUCCGGUACUCCACAGCAAUAUCGGUGUGCCACAAAUACUGCAGUGUGUCCUUGGAACGCUAGAUUUUCAAAUCUGUCCCUGGUAGUCAGUAUGGGUCUGUUUUCAAAACAAAACAAAACAAAAAACAAAAUGAUCAUAACAUGAGAAAUAACUUGGCAAAGUUUCCUUUUGUUGUAUCAUUCAAAUGCAAAACAUUACAUUUACCUCACUCAUUGUGGGAAUGGGUUCUAGAUUUCACACUUCAUCAAAAGUCAUUUUUCAGCUGUGUGUAAGUAUUUUUCACCAAGAUUGGAAUCUGUUCUUUAAAAUUUCAAAUUUUUUUAUUUAUUUAAAAAUGCUUAUCUUUAGUCAACUGUUGGUCCAAAAUUAAAUUUUUUGCUGUCUAUUGUUCUCUACCCUUUUUUUGGUAAUUUGGCAACUUCUUAGCUCUCCCAAUUUCUGUAAUGUAAAGACAGGCUGAAGAGUAUUCUGUAUCUGUAAUCAUAAUUGCAUCAAACUUAGGUGAGAGAAUUUUUGUUCAUGCACUAGCCUUUAACUCAUUGAUAACGUGGCUAUAGAGGUAGGUCUGUUAACUUUCUCUGUGUGUUCCUGAUGGAAUCACCAUAGCCUUACAGCUUUUCUCAGAAGGUGACUUGUAUAAGAGAGACGGCAUUUGCAUGUUCCCAGCGUCAGACCUGUGCAGCAUAUGAGGCGGACAAACCUGGGGUUUCAAUUUAGUUUCUCACAUUCAAGGAUCCAGGAUGCCAAAUAUAUGUGUGUGCAUUUGAGACAUUUUCAUUUGCUGCUUUCUUUCCCUAUGAUCCAGUUGAAAGAAUGUACCGUUGAUUGGCAUACAAUACUGCCUUUAAUAGGAGAUUAGAUGCUGGGGCACAUUUCACAUAGGACUACCUGAGAAAUCGCUUUGUGUCCCACUGUUAUUAAAGCAAAAAGUAAAAUGUUCUUCACUUGAACUAAUCAAAUACAAUAGAUUAUAAAUUGUGUAUUGUAAAUAAAAGUUCACUCUGUGAGUGCACAUUUUGGUAAAUUAUUUAUUUAUGUUAGCAUUUUAAAAGAAAAAGGAAAAAAGUGGAGUUGACCAGGACAAGUAAGGUAUGUUGAUCAUGGCUUUGCUUUAUAUCUUGAUAUUAAAGCUGGUUUUUUAUCCUGGUCUUUUAAAAGCUGCUUUGUUUUUUGUUUUGUUUUGGUUUUUGGUUUUUGGUUUUUUUCUUUUUUCUUUUUUUUCUUUCCUUUUUUCCUUUUUUUUAUGUAAACUAACCUCCUGCAUGACAGAGGUUAAUAUUUUGUCAGCACUUGGGUUCACUUGAGUUUACAUUUGAAAUGUGCAUGUUUAUUUAUACAGAUUUCAAUAAAGCUAUUGAAGGCCUUA